GACGUUAGGGAAAGGAAUUUUGUAAUUUAAAACUUUUUAGAGAGAGAAAGGGAAGAGAGAGAGGGAGAGAGAGUUGCAACGUCGAAAGUGGAACAAACCCCAAAACCUCGACCUCAUCUAUCAUGUUGGGAGAAUGAUGCGUGCUGAGAGUGGAGAAACGAGGCCGAGGCUCAGCUUCAGGCUCACAAAAUGCGUGACGCCAUUUCUCUUCUUCUUCUUCUUCUUCUUCUUCAUCUUCUUUCCCCAAAUAUAUAUUGUUCACAAUCUCAAACCCUUUCUUCAUCUUCCCGCAAUUUCGACUCCACUUUUCUGUUGAUUCUUCCGCGAUUCCUUUCAAAUGGACCGCCACAACACCAAGCGAGCCAGAGAAUCAUUAUCAGCAUCAGCCGCAUCAUCCGAUGAUGCUGUGAGCUACGAGCGAUCUUAUUCUUCGCCGCCGGAGAUCGGCAACGUGAAGAA